CCCUAGCCAUCUUGUUUGGGGGCGUCACGUGACGUGUCCAUUCCUUUCGGCGUCCCCCUGCACAGGGAGAGAAGGAGCAACAGAGAGGUGUAGCAGGGAGAGGGGCGAAAAAUACACCCGUGAUAAAAAUCCACUCACCCUGUAACACCGUAACGAGGUCCUGAGCAAUAUGGGGAUUAAAUUUUUAGAGGUCAUAAAACCCUUCUGUGCUGUGCUACCUGAAAUACAGAAGCCAGAAAGAAAGAUACAAUUCAGGGAGAAGGUACUAUGGACGGCUAUUACACUCUUCAUUUUCUUAGUGUGCUGUCAGAUUCCAUUAUUUGGAAUCAUGUCAUCAGACUCGGCAGAUCCUUUCUAUUGGAUGAGAGUCAUUCUGGCAUCCAAUAGAGGCACAUUGAUGGAACUUGGUAUCUCUCCAAUUGUGACAUCUGGACUUAUAAUGCAGCUCCUGGCUGGUGCUAAAAUCAUUGAGGUUGGAGAUACACCGAAGGAUAGAGCCCUCUUCAAUGGGGCACAGAAAUUGUUCGGGAUGAUUAUAACCAUUGGCCAGGCCAUUGUGUACGUGAUGACUGGAAUGUAUGGAGACCCGGCAGAAAUGGGGGCUGGCAUCUGUCUCUUAAUCAUUAUUCAGCUUUUUGUUGCUGGCUUGAUUGUGCUGCUGCUGGACGAGCUGCUGCAGAAGGGCUAUGGCCUGGGAUCUGGCAUUUCCCUGUUUAUCGCAACAAACAUAUGUGAGACAAUUGUGUGGAAGGCCUUCAGCCCAACUACCAUAAACACUGGCAGAGGGACCGAGUUUGAAGGUGCGGUGAUUGCCCUCUUUCAUCUGCUUGCAACUCGGUCCGACAAAGUCCGCGCUCUCAGAGAAGCCUUUUACCGCCAGAACCUCCCUAACCUCAUGAACCUGAUUGCAACGAUCUUCGUUUUUGCUGUAGUCAUAUAUUUCCAGGGAUUCCGCGUAGAUCUGCCAAUCAAGUCUGCCCGUUACCGUGGACAAUACAGCAGCUAUCCCAUAAAGCUCUUCUACACCUCCAACAUCCCAAUCAUCCUUCAGUCUGCUCUGGUUUCCAACCUUUAUGUCAUCUCUCAAAUGCUGUCUGUUCGUUUCAGCGGGAACUUCCUGGUCAAUCUGCUGGGACAGUGGGCGGAUGUGGGGGGCGGAGGGCCUGCUCGCUCCUACCCUGUCGGCGGUCUCUGCUACUACCUCUCCCCCCCCGAGUCCAUCGGCGCAAUUUUCGAAGACCCUAUCCAUGUCGUCGUCUACAUCAUUUUCAUGCUGGGGUCGUGUGCCUUCUUUUCAAAGACGUGGAUUGAUGUUUCUGGAUCCUCUGCCAAGGAUGUAGCAAAACAGCUGAAAGAACAGCAGAUGGUGAUGAGAGGACACAGAGAAACAUCGAUGGUCCAUGAACUUAACAGGUAUAUCCCUACUGCAGCAGCCUUUGGAGGUCUGUGCAUUGGAGCUCUGUCGGUCUUAGCCGACUUCUUGGGAGCCAUAGGGUCAGGCACUGGGAUUUUGCUUGCCGUUACGAUCAUAUACCAAUAUUUUGAAAUCUUCGUCAAAGAGCAAGCAGAGGUUGGCGGGAUGGGGGCUUUGUUUUUCUAACUGCCCUGUAGACGAAGCGCUGCCUUAUUUAAGUGCUAAAGGAGAUCUAUUUUUCUGUUGUACAUCAGUCAUGUCUAGAGGAAUACCGUAUUUUUGCUUAUCCAUGUUGACAGCGUGGAAUAACCCCCACUUUUGAAAUGGGACUUGAACUCUGCCUGCACGCAGCAUUUAGUGCCAGCUGCCUUAAAAUGUUUACAGUUCCUUGUAAAGUAUCAGGUGUUACAUGUAAUGCUGAGACCCAAUGUAUGCACAUGCACACAGUAUGUACCUGUUUUGAACACUACAGAAUUGCAAUGAAAUGUAAUUUAAGCCAUUUUCAUAUUGUUAAGUGCUUUGAUGGCACGUGUAGAAAAUUAGGAAUGUUUCCUAUUUUAUGCAUCUUUUUACCAAUUUUAAAAGCUGUAAAUGCAGGAAUCAUGGCAAGCAGUAUUGUUUUCACAAAGAAUGUGAGGAAUGUGUAUUCUGAGAUAGUCUUGGACCCAUUGUAUUGUGUUGCAGUAAUGUAAUGGGUCUAAUCUCCUAUUUCUUUGAACCUUGAAGAGGGAUGUGGAGUUUCAGUGACAUGCUGUUCAGUAAUUAUGGAAUUAUGGAGUCCAGUCUUCAAUUCAACUGGUAAAUCAGGUAUGCAGGAUCAAAAUGGAGGGUAUUAAAUUAUUCGAUGUUGGUACAGUCUCGUUUAAAAAAAAAAACAUAAAAUAAACUUUUCAUUAUUAAAAUACA